AUGAGUCUUUUCCUUCAUGCCAAUCAUUGCCUGACGACCGACUUAAUAGCAUCGCAGGUCUUGCUUGAUAGGUUCAUCCCAUGGCUCGGAAACGCGGUUGGAUAUGGGUCGAGCUUUUCAGUUGACAUUGUGGAGACGGAGAUCCUGCGACAUGGUAUCUACGUUGGAAUACCCGCACCUCUCUUCGAAGGGCGGGACAAAGUCGCCUUGAAGACGCUUCUAUUGUCAGGAGAGAGCUACAGCCCGGAAAAUCAGGCCCGGUGGAAGGGGCUUGCUGUGGAAUACCAGGUUCUCACCCACCCUUUUCUCGCUCUUCAUUCCAACAUUGUUUCUUUGCUGGGGAUUUCUUGGCGAAGCACGGAAUCCGAGCCAGGGGGUAUCUCGCCUGUUCUGAUCUUGGAGGCCGCGGACUGUGGGAGUCUCUCUACCCUCAGCGUCAACACGCUAGCAAGAUUAGAACUACGAGACAGACUGCCGAUCGUACUGCGAAUCUGGAAUGACGUAGGGGAGGGGAUAUCCGCUUUGCAUCAGUGUGGCAUCAUCCACGGCGAUCUGAAGCCAGACAACGUUCUCAUCUUUGCCAACCCAGAGGAGAGCGGGUAUAGAGCGAAAUUGGCGGACUUCGGCUCCGCGAUCACGUUGCCGGACUUCAGGUCAAGAAUCCGUUCAUCGGGGGGCACUCCGGACUGGCAAGCCCCCGAGUGCGUCCGCCCCCUCGGACGGUCCGGUUUGAUCCGCACGGAGAUCUACUCGUUUGGAUUGAUCCUCUUCAACACGCUACUCCCGGGUGUUCUCCCUCACAGUGAGCCUUUGACUAGACAGAUCACUGCCAGUGCACUGGUUUCCACAUAUUUCCAGCUCGAGAUUCUCACCACAAUCAUCCAUGAUUGCCUAGAUCCAAAUCCUGACAGAAGACCGGGAAGUAUUGCAUUCGUGCUAGAACGCCUCCAGGGCUUGAGAUACGACCUUCAUACACACCCUUUCUUGCAAACACAACUGCCAACGGCUCCGGUGACAAACCUCCAACUCAUUUCGAGCGGUGAAGAUGUGCCUUCGAUAGUCAAUUACCUAGCCACUUUUAAUUUAUUUCCAAAGGUUGUGACCCACAAUGUUCUCGACAGUCUCAAACAGAUAGCAAAUUGCCAAACGUUUAAUUGGGGGAGACGAAGUGCGGCUGCGUUUCAGCUUUCUUUUGCACUGAUUUGUGGCUUGGACAAUCGGAACCACAACCAUGAUAUACUUGCGUCAGAGAUGCUGCACCUCGCAGCAGAGCAUAAUUAUCCUGGAACGCGAGUGAUUCUCGGGCAACUAUCGGAAGCGCUUGGUUCGACACUGCGGAUUUCUGACGAAAAAGAGCAGCAGUGGCUGUUGGAUGCAACGCUCCAAGGCAGUGCUGUCGCACGAAGGCGACUGCUGAAGCUUGAUCACCAGCGUCAUUACGAUGUAGUACACGGAUCAUGCCACGUAGCGCAGCCAUCGAUCUACACUCGUUUAGAGAAUACCGGGAGUGAUCAGCCCGGAUCUGAGUAUCUGUUGCAUCGUCUUGCAAUAGCCGGCAGGCCAGGUUGUAUUAAAGACAUCGUCAAUUCUCAUUGUUUAAAUAUCAACGAAAAGGGCCUUUUAGGAGAAACACCGCUCCUAUUGGCCUGUCGUAACGGCCAUCUAUCGACAGUUCAAGCACUUCUGGAUCUUGGCGCAGAUGCGAAGCUGUCGGACGAUUACGGAACUACACCAUUACAUUGGCUUUCCCGAUUCCAUGAAUCAGAAGUGGAUAUUGUGGUGAAAGCUCUUAUACAACAUGGGGCAGAUAUCGAAGCAAGAUCAAAAGGGACAAGAGCCUUUAAGAAAGACGGUGAUCAUUUUGACUUUUGUGGUUGCUACGGAGGCACUCCACUUCUUUGGGCUGUUGUUGACUAUGAUCUAUUCUUAGCAAAGAUCCUCAUGGACGCCGGGGCUGACCCGUGGGACGAUGCUGGAAAUGACCUUCCCGUAUCAAACGAAUGGUCUAACUCUAUUCAUUGGUCACCAGUGCUCUUCGCUGUAAGGGGACGAAUGCAUGAAAUCUUACAAUUGUUUCUAGAGCGAAUGCCCGACCCAAGUAGGAUAAACACACACGAACGUGUGAUGGGUUCGGACGAAUACGCUCAAAUAGUUUCUCUGCUUGGAUUCUCAGUUAUUCAUAGUGGCUUUGGACUGUUCGAAACAAUGAUAUUCCACGGGGCAGAUUACCGGAUGUCAUGGGAGGCAACUAUCCGGCUGUUGCUUGACCAUGGUGCCAAUCCGCGAGCUGUCACGCAUCAGGGACACACACUACUGGAGCUUGCUGCCCAAAACGGAGAACCGUUUAUGUUUAACACUCUCUCGCAGCUCUUGGCUGAACAGUAUCCAGUGGGUCGACCCGAGAUUUGCCAUUCUUUAUUUUAUGCUGUCUGUCGGGAGAAUGAGGCUGUCUUCGAUGCACUCCUCUCGGAGAACUUCACAGAUAUGCCAUGGGGUUCUGAAGGGGACAGGCUAUUGUUACAAUGCGCUCGUCGAUCAGACAACCCCCAUUUCGUGGACCAGCUGCUCAACAGUGGCGUCGAGGUCGCCCAGCCUCAAUCCAAUACCAUCUUUGAGGUGGCGCUUACUCAAGGCAACUUUCAAGUCGCGCGAACUCUAUACAAUCGUGGCUUUUUCAACCCGCUAUGCUUGGAGCGCUACAACUUCGCUGGUGAAUGUGCUGAAGUGGGCCAGAUGACAGUGCUUGGAAAGAUUAUACUCAAUGCGGCGAGAUCUAGUGGCUCUAUCUCUGCCGUGGAAUUCCUAUUGAAUCUAAUAGAGGAUGAGCAUGAUGAGGCAACCGAGCCUCACCCUGCUUUCUGGGCAGGAAAUGAUGCGCAUGGCUACACGUCAGUGUUGCAUCUGGCUGCCAUGUUGCAUCCUCUUCGUGACGAUCUGACAAGAGGAUCCGAAGUUCUCGAUGCCGUUUUGAACAAGUUCCACCGAGGACACCAUUUGAAUAGCAAAGGCUUCUUUAACGGCUUCACUCCACUCCACGUUGCCGUAUACAGUGGGAACAUUAAUGCAAUUCGGGUUUUACUGGAAGAAGAUGGCAUUGACCGCCAAGCUCUUGACGAUAGUGGCCGCACACCGAUGGACCUCGCUCUCUAUCGAUUGACAGAGCCUGACGAUCCGGAUAUUAUAUCUACCCUUCAGAAUCAAGCAUCGCCCUCCGAUAACGUGGAAUUUGCCGACCGCCUUCUGCGUCAGAAUUGCAUCGAAACACUUGUUGUUCUGAUAAGAGAGGGCCUUCCGUCCAGGAGGUAUGACGGGGCAGUUCUCAAAGAUGACGAAACAGCAGUUGCCUGUGUAGUUCCAAACUACGAUGGAGGGAAAAUCAUACAAUUGAAUCUGCCGCAAGGGAUUCUGAAAAAGCGAGGAAUGAUCCGCUCUUGGGGCCCUUUAUUGCUAUGGAACCUGGUAGCGUGA